GUUUGACUUCCAUUUUCUAUACAGCUUCUUUCGUUUACCGUUUGGCAAAAGUUUGACGGGCAGCACUUUAGUGGUGUCCAUAUACUUAACAAUUCUCCUCUACUUUAUAUUAUAAACCGUUUCUCAUGUCGGCAAACAUAAGUAGAAUAUUUAUGUAAAAAUGUUCAUCAUGCAACGUGCUCGCAUAAUUACCUCGUUAAAGAAUACGAUGUUACCAUUAAUGCAAAGGACACUUCAAACUCAUGGAAUUCUCAGCACUGCCAGGCUACUACCAGCUUCCACAAUACUGAAUUCUAAAAGUAUCCACAUGACAUUUGCGCGUUAUGAUAACUCAUCUCCAUCGACUGUACCUAUAUCUUCAAACUUACAAAUGGGACUUGGAAAGAGGUUGUUAAAAAAGAUCGGUUUCAUGGAUCUACAAAAAUAUAGAUAUAUGGUGCUUGCUUGUUACGCGUAUGAACAUAUAUUACGUCAAGUAGAUUAUAGUUUCUUUUAUAAACAUUUUAACAUGCCAGACACGUUAUUCUCAUGGUUUCUGGUGACAGAACUUCAUGUAUGGAUGUUAAUGGUUCGUUAUAUGGCAGAAGGAAAAGAUGGACAAUUCAUUAGGAACGAAAUAGUAACAGCAAUGUGGGAUGAUACAAAAGCUAGAACGGAAAAACUGGGUGUAAUAUCUACUAAUAUUAAAGGCAAAGAGAUAAUCUUAUUAUCGCAUCAAUUUAAUGCUGCUAUAAUAGGAUAUGAUGAGGGUAUAUUAUCUGAUGACAAAGUAUUAGCAGGAGCAUUAUGGAGAAGAUUCUUUUGUUUCGAAUGCAAUGAUCCAGAACAUGUCGAAUUACUUAUCAAUUAUGUUAGGAUACAAAUUUCCAUACUCGACAACAUACCAACCGUAGAGAUUUUAAAGAAAGCUGAUUUUAAGUUAGUAGAUAUAAAAAGUUUAUGCAAACAUUAAUAAGAGGAUAUAAUGAAUAGAACCGUGAAGGGUACUUUGGAAUACGUACUUAUUUAUUACAAUGAUGGUUCUACGUAAAGUAUUGCUGUAAAAAAAUGUA